CGAGGCACGGGGAUUCACCUCCACCCAAGCUCCGCAAGCGCCUCCUCAACGUCAAACGAUCGAAUCUGAGUCCGAUAUCACCGACGCUAUGUCGCUACCAUUCCUUCCCUGGUUCUCCGGCGACAGCAUACAUCAUCGCGUCUUUUUAGGGUAAAAAAUUGCAAGCACCGCUUCCUUAUCACCUAUUUUCACAUCUUAAAACCGAGUCCAGCGCAAUAUCACGCCAUCGAAAUUGCUUUUACCUCCUCGGUCGCCCACAGAAUCUCAUCUUCUUCAAGCUGGAGACCGCCAUGGAUAGGGGUCGCAAGCGCCCCGAGGUCGCCGAUCAGUUACCCGCCGAUAAGCGCGCCUGCAGCUCUUCCGAGUUCCGCCCGACUACAGCCGAUGCGGUCGCUGCGGUCUCCUCUUCAUCCACCUCCUCUGUUCCGCCGCCUUCAUCCUCCGAGCAUCACGAUUGCGAUAUGGAGUCCUCAUCCUCCGGUCGCGGCGGCGGCGACUCAGCAUACGGCUCCUGUGAAUCUGACGACGAUCUCCAUCAUCAUCAGCCUCCUGCCGUUUGCGGCGCCAGUAGGGGCAGGUUCCAGAGGAUAAUCUCCGUUCUAGAUUCAGAGGACGCUGGACCGUCGGCGCAGCUAGCGUCACUGACGGAACUAUGUGAGGCCCUGUCGUUUUGCAUGGAGGAUUCAUUGGGUUACUUCCCGAUGGACAACGCAUUGCCUUUGCUCGUGAGACUCGCGGGGAGUGAGGGAAACCCUGACGUCAUGCUCUUGGCUAUCCGAGCGAUCACUUAUUUGUGCGAUGUAAUGCCGAGGGCGGCUGAUGCCAUUGUACGGCAUGGAGCCUUGUCUGUUCUAUGUGGCCGGCUGCUCUCGAUCGAGUACUUGGACGUGGCUGAGCAAUCCUUGCAAGCAUUAGAGAAGAUAUCUCGGAAGCAACCGGUGCCCUGUUUACAAGCAGGGACGAUAAUGGCCGUCUUGGGUUUCAUGGACUUUUUCUCCACAAGCGUCCAGAGAGUGGCUUUGUCAACGGUUGCAAAUGUGUGUAAGAAGCUUCCGCUGGAUUGCUCUUCUCUUGUCCUGGAGGCUGUUCCUACUCUGUGCAAUCUUCUGCAAUAUGAAGACUGCAAGCUUGUAGAAACAGCUGUUACCUGCUUGAUGAGGAUAACAUCCUGUUUCAGUAGUUCUACUGAGAUACUUGAUGUGCUUUGCAAGCACGGAGUGAUCAGCAAAUCUUUGCAUUUGAUAACUGUUGAUGGUCGGACAACACUUAGUCAGUCUGCAUUUGUGGGUUUGAUCGGCCUUCUAGCAAAUUUGGCCAAUGCUUCUCUUGUGGCUGUUAGAACUCUUUUUGAACUAGGCGUAAGUAGCAGUUUGAAGAGAAUAUUGAUAGCUUCGGGAAUUUCUCAUGGAACUAGUUACUCUUAUCCUGAUGGUGUUUAUAGCAAUCAGGUUCAUGAAGUCUUAAAGUUGCUAAAUCAUAUGAUGCCAUCUGCAGCACGGGAUGAUGAGAAUAUUCAGCUAGUUAUGGCCAAGGAAAUGAUUCUUGAGGAAAAACCUAUGUUCUUGCAUCAGUUCUCAGCUGAUAUUCUUCCUGUCUUAAUUGAGGUCGUUAAGUCUGGUGCCAAUUUAUGUGUGUGUUAUGGUUGCCUUUCUGUGAUGAUCAAUAUCAUUUAUUUCAGCACAGUUGAUAUGCUUCAAGACCUUGUAAAGAACUCAAACAUUUCAAGCUUCUUAGCUGGUUUGAUGGCACGGAAGGAUCGCCAUGUGUUGGUUUCUGCUCUAAAGAUUGUUGAGCUUCUCAUGCAAAAGUUUUCAUGUGUGUGUUCAAGCUCUUUUAUUAAGGAGGGUGUUGUUUAUGCUAUUGAAGUACUUUUGGAGCAUGAAAACCGAUUAGAGUCUGUGGGCCUACGAUUGGAUCAGCAAGAUAAUCAAAUAGCUCUGAGAGAUGUUCCGAGGUGCUUGUGCUAUGUGUUUGAUCCGCCAAAUACAUCUACAUCAGAGAGAAAGGCUUGCAGACUUGGGAAAGAUGCUGUUUUCUCUUUAGCAAAGCACAUUAAAGCUACCUAUUUCACAGGUGAAUCUGUGAACUGUGAAAUAGGCGUAAGUGAGGUUUUGAAAAAGCUUAAGAUCAUGUGCGCAACACUCAAUGAAACUGUAGAUCAAUCUUCUUUCAAUGAUGGAUGUGCUAAAACUGAAGAAUUGUCUCAAUUGUUAGGGCAAGUUAUGGCCGAGAUUAAUUUGGGUGAGGCUAUCUCCAGUUUUGAGUUUGUUGAGAGCGGGAUCAUAAGAUCCUUAGUGCAUUACUUGUCUAAUGGUCGAUAUCUCAACAAAUCUUAUUCUGAUUGCAUGUCAACAAGUCACUGGCUUGCCAUACUGAAGAGGCUUCAAAUAUUUACUGGCAUAUCUUUGUCUAAAGAUUGCCAAAAUUGGGAGGAUAUGCUUUUGACCUUAUUAGUACGAAAGUUGCUGGAUGCAUUGACAUCUUUUGAUAAUUUUCCAGUGAUUGUGAGCCAGUUUUUUAAAUCUAGAAGUAGUUAUUCUGAUAUCCCAAGUAGGCAUUCCACGCUGCAUCCUUGUUUAAGGGUACGAUUUGUGAGAGAAGAUGGGGAGUUGAACUUAUCUGAUUACAGUGAUGUUGUGUCUAUUGAGGUUUCUUCAUCAUUUGUUGCUAUUGAAGGCUUUCUGUGGCCCAAAGUUGGUGCAAGCAUGAGUGGACAGCUACAAGAACAGAAAGGAAAGGAUGUAACCACAACUUCUAUUGCCGUAUCAAGUGUUAGAUGCCCAGAGGUUCUUAUUAACCAAGAGCAACAAGCUUCACUGGAGGACACCAGCAUGAAGCUUAGGGAAAUGAUGACAGAGAGCAGCUCUGAUCCUCAUUCUUCUAGUGAGGGGCAUGCCAAAGGCAGUGAAAGUUCAUUCCCAAGUAACAAGGAUGCAACCCCUAAAUUGAUAUUUUCUAUGGAAGGGAGAGAAGUAGAUCGGUCCUUGACUCUCUAUCAAGCAAUUCUGCAAUUCCAAAUAAAUGCAGAACCAGAUUUGGUUGUUGGUCCAAAAUUCUGGAAUGAAGUUUACAAAGUUUCAUAUAGAAAAGCUUCACAAAAUACAACCCAUAGGCAGGAAGCUUGUUGCGAUUCUCCAUCACUUAUUUUCCAGGAAAAAGCUGGAUACCCAUGGCACAAGCUUUCAUUCAUUUCCAGCAUAUUUCUUGCUGAGCUACCUUGUAAGCUGGACAAGUCAAAUCCGUCUUAUGAAUUAUUGUUCAUGAUGAAAAUCUUGGAAGGCUUGAAUCGUUUUUCAUCUUAUUUGUUGUCCUAUGAAAGGUGCACAUCACUUGCUGAAGGGAGAAUAGAAAAUCUUGAUGAUCUUAAGGUUGUUGUCCCUUCAAUUCCACAGGCUGAAUUUAUUAGCUGUAAAUUGACUGAUAAACUUGAACAGCAACUGCAAGACCCUCUAACAUUAGCUACAGGUUGCAUGCCAGCAUGGUGUGGCCAAUUAAUGAUGGCAUGCCCUUUCCUUUUUUCUUUUGAGGCUAGAUGGAAGUACUUUCGCUUUACAACAUUUGGCUGUAAAGGUCAGCUGAAUCAAAUACAACCAGCAAAUAUUUCUGGCUCAAGUUCUGUCAUUGAUCGACGCUCAGCUUCUGUUUGGUCUUACCGAAAAAAAAUUAAAGUUACACGAAGUGACAUAUUGGGAUCUGCUGCAAAAAUGAUGGCUUCUCAUGCUCAAAGUAGGGCUGUUAUUGAAGUGGAGUAUGAAGAAGAAGUUGGCACUGGCUUAGGUCCUACUAUGGAGUUCUUUACGUUGGUCAGUCAUGAAUUUCAGAAAGCUGGCAUGGGCAUGUGGAGAGGGGAUAAGAGUUCUUUUAACGUUUCACAAACAAGCCAAUGUUCUGAUGAAUCAGCAUUUGUUGUUGCUCCCUUUGGACUCUUUCCUUGCCCUUGGGCUGCUGCAGCUUGUGCCUCAGAUGACAGACAGUUUUCUGAUGUCAUAAAGAAGUUUACCCUUCUUGGCCAGCUAGUUGCAAAGGCUAUUCGAGAUGGGAGGAUUCUGGAUAUUCCAUUCUGUAGCGCAUUUUAUAAAGUUAUACUUGACCAGGAACUCGGAAUCUAUGAUAUCCAGUCAUUUGAUCCUGAGCUUGGAAGGACCUUGUUGGAAUUCCAAGCUCUUUCAUAUAGGAAACGAUUUUUGGAAUCAGCUUCUACUGAAAAUUUUGAAUAUGCAUCUGAUUUAUGUUUCCGGAGUACAGCAAUUGAGGAUUUGUGUCUUGAUUUUACACUUCCUGGAUAUUCAGAUUAUGUUCUUUCUUCUGCAACGAACUCUGAAAUGUUAAAUAUUCAUAACUUGGAAGAGUAUGUUUCACUGGUGGUUGAUGCAACUAUAAAAGAUGGUAUUUCUAGACAAGUGCAGGCUUUCAGAUCAGGCUUUAAUGAGGUAUUUCCAUUGAAAUCUCUCCAAAUAUUUACCGAGGACGAGCUUGAGCGAGUGCUUUGUGGGGAGCAAGAGACAUGGACUUUCUCCGAGUUGCUGGACCACGUUAAGUUCGAUCAUGGUUACACAGCUAGUAGCCCACCUGUCAUUAAUUUGCUAGAAACAAUUCAAGAAUUUGAAUGCAAUGAACGAAGAGCUUUUUUGCAGUUCGUCACAGGAGCUCCUCGGCUGCCUCCAGGCGGUUUGGCAGCCUUGAACCCUAAGCUGACAAUUGUUCGCAAGCUUUGUAGCUAUGAAGUUGACAUGGAUUUGCCAAGUGUAAUGACAUGUGCUAACUAUUUGAAGCUCCCGCCUUACUCUUCAAAGGAAAUAACAAGGGAAAGGUUACUAUAUGCUAUAACUGAAGGACAAGGAUCUUUCCAUCUCUCUUAGGCUCUCAGGAGAUAAUCUGAGGAUGGUGCAAAUAAAUGUGAAGAUUGUAAUUAGAACAGGAGAAGGAUUGUGGUGUAAAUGGCAGGAGAACGUGACAGCAAGGUUGGUAUAUAACUAUAUAUUGAUGAAGCUGAUUGUUAAGUAGUAGCAGAAGAAAAGAACAUCUUAGCUUUGUACAGAGUAGGAUUGACCUGUUCUAUUUGUGCAGGAAAAAAAAAAUGUAAUUACUAGUUAGGAUACUGGAAGGAAGCAAAUCCAUGAUGAUUUUCGAACCAACUCUUUAAUUUGGUCUGUACAGAAGAUGGUUGGCUUAUAUUUAUAUAAAUAUAUUUUAGUUGCUUUUUGAA